CAUAGCCUGAAAAAUGUGCCAAAUGCCAACUUGCUUGUCAGACUGAAUUGACAGAUGUAAUAGGGAAGAAGCAAUAGAGACAACGAGGACAAACAGAAGCAAGUGAUGAACAAGACACUGCAUCCUGGCAAUAAAUUAGCACCAGGCUGGCUCCUCAUGCGGAGGUAAAAGUCAGCCAGUACAGUGCACCACCAAGAAGGGAACUGCCACCAUUUGCAAUGUGGGUUGUUUGAACGUUUAAAGUACUGGGAUGGAUCGCAAUCCGUCCCCACCACCGAGUGAUGAAAGUGACAGUGAGACCACCGGAGGUGAUGCAAUUGGAAACACAGUUUAUAGCAAGCACUGGUUGUUUAGCACACUCAUGCAGUUAAUCAAGUUUGUCUCUACGGAGGGUGAAGAGACAGAAGUUUUGAAAGCAGACACACAGCUGGAUGAGGAUCUGGAGAAUGAGAUCUGUAAAGUCUGGGACAUGUCUAUGGAUGAGGACGUUGCUCUGUUUCUUCAGGAAUUCAAUGUAACGGACAUUUUGUUAGGGAUCAUUGGUAAAUCUAAGUGUCCUCGACUAACGGAGAUCUGCGUUGGUAUCCUGGGCAACAUGGCUUGUUACAAGGAAACUUGUCAGUCGAUCACCAACAAUGAAAAUCUCAUUGAGGUGCUGCUGUUGCUACUGGGCGAUUCCGACCCACCAACUCUCUUGGAGACCAGCAGGUUAAUACUAACCUGCCUUUCUCAGCCAGAUGUUGCCACCAUCUGGGUUGACCAAAUCCAUAAGCAACCUGCUGUUCGGGAUAACGUAUGCUUCAUUAUGCAGAGCUCCACAAAUGCUGACUUGUUGGGAAAGAUUGGUGAGAUGAUUGAUAAACUCUUUGACUUGGACAAGGAGCUCAUGCUGAGCUGGAUCACAGAGUCACAGGAGUUGCCUGAUGUACCAGUGACAGAGCAGGAAAAAACAGCUGAGAUUUCAUUGGUCCCUUGUUUACUGGAAGCAGCCAGACAAGUCAGGUCAGACAGCGUUGAGGGGCUAGAGGUUUACGUUCAUAUACUGCAGCUUCUCACUACAGCGGAUGAAGGAAUCCAGGCAAUAGUGAAAACUCCAGACAAGGGAGAGGCCGCCUGGACUCUACUGAAUGACAUAGUUUGCACUGAUCUUUGCCGGGAUGAUGACCCAUCGAUUUUCAUAGAGGAGCAGGCAAGUGUGCUGUCCUCUGCUCUGGCUAUCCUAUCGGCGAUAUUUGCUUCACACGUGGAGAAGUACAGUGAGAUUGAGCAAAAUCUUCCCUUACUCGGUACGUUGCUGCGAGUUCUGUUCUGUGCAGAAGAAUGUCAGAAGAAACCGCCAGAAGGAACAAGAAGACCCAGUGCAGACAAAUGGUCUGCCCCAUCUCCAGUAGGUGCUCAGAAAGGAAAAAAGCAGGGGAGAGACUUCCACAUGAAAAUCCUACUGAAUAUCUGUUGUGAAUUCCUCUCUGAAAUUUUCAUGGACGUUUCUGAGGAGCUUGUGUCAAAAAGCUUUAAAGAAGGAUAUUUGAGUCAGGAGAUGUGUAUCUGUGCUGUUCAACAUCUUCUUCCUCUGUAUACCACUACAGUUAAAAGGUUCCAUGGUAUCUUAAAAGAAGUACAACCAGACAUUGCGGAACAAUUACAACUGAAGUUCCACAGUCUCAGUUCCUGAUUGGGAAUUGUUAUCAAUGCUGAGAGGGAAACUAUUGUUCUGGAGCUUUGCUGAGUGGGAAGCAGAUGGUCAAGGGCUACAGAAACUCUGGCUCCAUAAGUGCAUAGAUCUUUUGAUGGAGCAUAAGCUGGUGACUGGAGCCUUGUCAAUUUAAGAGGUACCACGUGUAAAGAAUUGCAUUUGCGUAGAAUUUUAACCUCAACCAUUUCAGUACAGUUUCUGAGCAUCACUGAUGCCCACAGUUGAAUUAAGACUUUUUAUUAAAAUGUAUCUGAAAUUCUUCCUGUUGGUGUCAACUGUGUGGGAGACUAGCAGUCAUUGUGAAGUUUCAUGACUGAAGCAUAUCUCUUUCUCUAGUCUUUGGAGAUGUGACAGUGGAACAGAAACUUUAUCUUGUACCUUCUAUGGACAUGGCCUGGUAACAGGGCUAGAAACUAACAUCUGAAGCUUGUAGUUUCCAUCUGUCCCCAACCUUCUAAAGACGGGACACAUUGUUGAGCUAGGUAGUUGCACUAGCAGCAGCGGUUUGCUGAUUAUUUUACCUAUACUGAUGGACAUAAUAUUAAGCACAGAGUGGAAUUGCACCCCUACCUCCGCCUAAUAAAUACUUUCAUUUCCAUUUGAUCAGUGCUUACUGACCAAACGGAAAUGAUGUUUUUAUCUGGUUGAUGUCUCUCAAUGAGACACUUGCAUAAAUAGUUGAGAAUAAUUUCAGGGAACAACUGGCUUCCACCUGCAUCAGCUUGGUUUCAGUCUGGGUAAAGGUAUUAAGCCAAAGAGAUCAGAAGCUUCCAAUAUUCAAUCCUGGUCACUAAUCAGACAGCUGAUCUCAGCCAGGCAAACAUAUGAAUUGCUACAUUUGGCUUAGCAUUUUUGGGCUAAAUGGGCCAAAAAACAGGUUUUUUUUCUCAGGACUCUUCAAUUGUUCUGUUUUAGGAACUGUUGUUUAAAUAACAGUUAAGAACAUUCUAGUAAAUAGCUUGGUGACAAAUUGAAUUUUUCAAUCUUAUCUGAUUUAAAUAUUUAAGAAACAUCCCUUAAGGCAUGCUUGGAAAUUUUUGUUUUUUUUUCUCACUGAUGAAUCUUGAUGCUGGUAGCAUGCAGAAUUUGCAUUUCCAUUCAUUUAGCUUUGAUAAUGCUGCAUGGAUAGACUACCAUGCACAUGUUAUUUUUAGCAAUUUCAAUUUAGCUGUAUUUUGUAGAGACUGAAAGCUUAUACAUUUCUUUAUUGAUUUUUUUUUAACUAAACUGUUCAGAAAAACUUAUUUUAAAAAAAAACAUCCUUUAACUAUUCCAAAAAUAACAAUUGCAAAAAUGCAAGUCCAGCUUAUGAAAAGGAUACAGAAAGGGAAAGAACUAUAUAUUCCUUGCUCUUGCAGAUUAUAAUGUGUACCUAAAGACAGUAAGGCAUGUACUUGAGGAUUAUAAUAAUGUGGACAAGCAUAUAGGAUACGUCAGAGCAUGCUCACUCCAACGGGGUACAUCAAAAGUGGGAUCUCUAGUUCCAUUUAUGAUUCUUGUUGGUGUGCUUCAUUUCAAAUGUAAAAAGAACAAAUUCUGUUGCAUUAGUGUGAUACUACUUCAUUUUUUUUCAUUUCCAUGUGUAUUUUUAGAUUAGGUAAGUUAGAUGUUAAUGAAAGAUAUGAUAGUAUUUCUUUGAUAAAUAACCUCCAAGUGGUGGAUGAGAAUAACCUCUACAUUUACUUCAUGUUUAGCUUCUUUCAUUAUCAAUCAUAAUGAAAACUUAUUUGCAAAUGUAUCAUUGCUUAGAAUUUGCAGCACAGAAACAGGCCUUUUGGCCUAACUGGUGAGUUGCCUCCUAUUGUAUUUCAUGUAAUUCUACCAGAACCUUUCUCCCUCAUGUUCCUUUAAAUGCUUCUCUGGUAUUUGCCUCAGUUGUUCUGUGUUUUGUGACAGUAUAUGAGAUCAUCCACUUUGGCCAGAAAGGUUUAAUACAUUAUAAUGGUGAAACUGCUUGUGGCAGUAGAUGUCUGGAGAGUUGGGGAUUCAUGACCUAGGUCAUUAAAAUAUUGCAGGUACAUACAUCAAAAAGGCUAAUGAAAUAUUGGCCUUCAUAUCUGGAGAGCUAGAGUACCAGUAGCAAAUUGAUAUGCUACAGCCAUACAUAGCCCUGGUUAAUUUACACUUGAAGUAACAAUAUUAUUCCCUGGAAUUUAGAAGGUAAAAGGGUGAUGGUAUAGUGAACUGGUAGAAGAUAGGUUCAUUUUUCCAGUGGUUCGAGCAUCCAAAACUGAAGACAUUGUCUAAAUAUUAGAACCAGAUUCUUCAGGACUGAUGUUAGGAGUUACUUUUACAUGCAGAGGGUGGUAAAAUUUUUGAAUGCACUUUCACAAGAUGCCAAGUAAUUUAUUAAUUUUAAAUGCUAAAGUUGAAACAGAUAUAGGGAAAAUGUGGGUAAAUAGAUUUUGGUUACAGAUCAGCCAUGUCAUCGGGCUGCUGGAACAGCUUGAGGAAAUAAUUGAUCACUCCAGUCCCUAUGAACUAAUAGAUAGUCAUCCAAUUUAUGCUGGGUCAGCUGAUCUCAUCUGUAAUGGUAAUUGGGAUGAUCAUCUUAGGCAGUCCCUUGGGUUCAAGGAUAACCUUGCUUCUGCUUCAGUUCAUAGGAGUGGAAGGUACCCAGACAUAAAUUCUUUCAAGAUGAGGUGGCUGUUGCGUACCAGCUAGCACAUGGCCUUAACAGACCAAGGUCUGAUGGCAAGGAAGUCUAAGACAAUUGGAAGCAAGUUGAACAGACUUGGUACACACACGCACAUGCACACACACUCACACAGCAAACAAAGACACACUAUGGCCAUGCACACAUAUAUGGGCACAGCCAUAUCAUUCUACCCCUGACCACUUUCCUGGCCUCUCCCCAUCCUCGCACAACCUCUUCCACACCCUGCAGUUGGGGCCACUAUGUAUUUUAAUGAAAUAGUUUGAAAAUACUGCUGCACAAUGCAACACAUUGUCAGAUUUGAAAUUCAGUGUAGCUGCCGUAUCUAUUCUAUAUUCUCACCUUCAUGUUAUUGAAACUCAACUAAUUUAACAAUCCUCAAUGUGAGCCAUAUUUUUGGUCAUAAAAAUUCUGCUUUAGUAUCUUAUAAUACUUGAUUUUUUUAUAUAAAUUCAGUUGUAUCUAAUUGGCUUUAGUGUUGUAAUGUUCUGAUGAUGAAAUAGUAUGUAGGAUCCCAUUUCUUGUUAUAAUUCAGGCACUUGAAUUUCUUACCAGUGUGAUUGUAUAACUAACAUUGCAGACGGUCACUGUCUCACUGUUUUGCUGUACUGGCUAACUUUUACCUCUGCAUUCAUGGGCCCUUACUACAAAGUAUGAGAAGCUAACAUGCCACCUGGGGGCAGUAUACGUACAGGAGAUUUAUAUGUAACCCACAUAAUAGGAGCCUUAAGUAUUUCACCAGACAAUUUUUUUUGUAUAUUGGUACUGAUUUGUGAGUUGCAUUUCUGCCAUUCAUUGCUUUUUUUUGCCCAGAUUUUUCCUUGAAGAAAUGUGCUGCAAUUAAGAGGUGUUGAAAGUAAGCAGAGAAUUGCCAUUUCCUAGUUUGGCUUUGAUAUGAAACUGGUACCCAUACUAUAUCACAACUUAAUCUGAUGGUAUUCGGUCUAUCAUGUUUUGAAAGAGUUGGCCAUAAGCCCCACUCCUCUGCUGUUUCAGCAAAAGCCAGCAUUCUGCCUUUUCUGUGUAAUGUCCAAUUUGGUUUAAUAAAUUCCUGUUAGAUUUGAUUUCACCACCCUUUUGAGGUAGUGCAUUCUAGACAAUGUGUUACACAUGUUAUAACCCAUUAAAGAGCCAUUCAUUUCACUGAUUCUGUAUUGAUACUAGCUCUUUAUUGACUCUAAACGUUUCUCUACUCUUUCCCCAAUACCAUUUUUUCUCAAUUUUUCCAAAAAGGUUUCUUUUCAAAUAUGACUGUUUCUGAUUAAUUUACCUUAAGCAGCACAGGCAAAUUCUCAUGAAUGGUGCACUGGCUGUCAGAGAAGGGAAUACACGUGCAUUCCCAACAGUGUAUUUACUAGUAGGUUCAGGACCUGCAUAUAUGGACUGUCGAAAAUGGAAGUCCUGCUGACAGAGAUGGAGCAGCAAAUCUGUCACUUCACACCAGGAGUGCUGAAAUUCCCCAGUACUACUCUUGCACUCUGUGUUAGAUCAGACCUUGAUCUGAGACUAGUUUGGUUUCAGUGAGGACAUAGGGCAGUGAAUUAGGAAGCAGAGGGGAAGGUAUGUUACUUAAUUAUUUCUCUUUAAUUUUUUCAUUGUGUUUUUAUUUUUCUUUCAAAAUGUAGUUAUUUUGCUCAAUUUUAAUAGUUUUUAAAUGUCUCCAAUUGUCAAAGGCAUUUGAAUAUAAUUUAAUAUCAUUUAGCUGUUACAGCCAUUUGGGGGCAAAGUUUGCUGGCUUUCAAAUUUUUCAGGAUUGUGAUACGAGUUGGACCUUCACUGUACCUCCAGAGGCCCUGUUCCCAUCUAGGCCGCACCCCUCUUGUGUAUGAUGGUUCAUUCCAGUAGGAUAGGCUCUUUGCAUGGGGACCAGGUAAGUAUGUGUGUGGGAGCACUGCAAGUGGUGAUUCUAAGUGGUGGUGGGGGGGCGCGGAUGGGGAGGACAGGUGGGUACGGGAACCAAGUUAGCAAGAACUGUCCCACUUCAUGACUCAGGUAUUCAGGGCACGUCACUUGAUUAUAGUUGAAUCUGCUUGAUUGUACCUAGUUCUGUAUGGAGGAUUGUUUAUCAUGUUCAUGUGUAGUCACUUUCCUGAAAGUUCUCUAGUGUUAUGUUCAGAGGAUAAAGACUGCUCUCUUUGGAUAAGAUAUAAAUAUAGGUGAUAUGUCAAGAUGCUGUUAUGUGUGCAAGUGGAUAUUAUCAGAAGCAAUAGCUUGCCGUGUAUUUCAUUCAAGCUGCAAACUGGUAAUAUCUCUGAUCCCAGUAUUAAUUAAAAGUUUGUAAUACUGAUCCAAAUUGGAGCUAUGAUGAUGUCUGAACAGUUGUUCUUUAAUAAACCACCUUUCUCAUUC